AUGCAUUUUUCUUUCUUUCUUCUCUUCUUUUUUCUUUCUUUCUUCCAAUUUAAAUUAUUAUUUCACAUUAUCAUUUUUAUAUUUCUCUCUUUCUUUCUUUCUUUCUUUCUUUCUCUCUCUUUUUGUCUCUCCUUCUUUCUGUCUUUCUUUUCUCUUCCCCUCUUUCAUCCUCUCUUUCUUUUUUCUCUUCUUUCUUUCUCUCUUUCUUUCUCAUUUCUGCCAUUUUUCAAUAGCUUCUCGAAAGAGUAUUUCUUUCUUGAUUUUCUAUCAUUCUUUAUUUCUCUCACUCUUUCUUUCUUUCUUUCUUUCUUUCUUUCUUUCUUUCUUAUUUCUCCAAUUUUCAAUUAUUUACUUAUUUAUUUCAAUAAUUAUUUCUUUCUUUCAUUUGUAUAUCUGAGUUCGUUGUAUUAUUUUUUUAUAUGUUUAAUUAUAAAUGUCGACCAUUUCUUCUCGUACUUUUUCCUUUUUUCCUUCCUUCAUUCCUUCCUUCAUUCCUCCAUUCCUUCAUUCCUUCCUUCAUUCCUCAAUUCCUUCCUUCAUUCCUUCAUUCUUUCAUUCCUUCCUUCGGUCAUUUUUUCUUCCUUUCGUUUUUUCUUUCUUUGUAAAUUUCCAUUCCUCUUCACCGGUGUUUUGUUCAUUGUUUAUUCCUUACUUGCUUUUUAUCUUUCUUUUUUUCUUUCUUUCUUUUUUUCAUUCAUUAUUUCUUUCUUUUCAUUUCAUGAUACUUUCAAAUAUACAUUGGAUUUCCUUUUCUCUUUUUAUCUUCCUCUUUUUUCUUUCUUUCUUUUCUUUUCUUUCUUUCUUUUUUUUUUUUCUUUUCUUUCUUUCCAUAAUACUUUCAAAUAUACAUUGGAUUUCCUUUUCUCUUUCUAUAUUUCAGCUUCCUCCUCACCGGUCUUUUCUUUCUUUCUUUCUUUCUUUCUUUCUUUCUUUCUUUCUUUCUUUCUUUCCAUAAUACUUUCAAAUAUACAUUGGAUUUCCUUUUCUCUUUCUAUAUUUCUUUCCGGUCUUUUUUCUUUCUUUCUUUCUUUCUUUUUUCUUUCUUUCUUUCUUUCUUUCUUUCUUUUCAUAAUACUUUCAAAUAUACAUUGGAUUUCCUUUCUCUUUCUAUAUUUCAGCUUCCUUCUCACCGGUCUUUUUUCUUUCUUUCUUUCUUUCUUUCUUUCUUUUCUUUCUUUCUUUUUUCUUUAA